GUCUAUAAGAGACUUGUCAAAUAAAACUCUCAAACACAUUAUAAAUCUCUCUUUCUUCGAUUAUAUUCUACACAGUAACUAAUAACACUAACCAUAAUCCAUUAGAGCUAGAAAUGGAGAAGAUAGAACACACGAUGGUUCGUACAAACGGCAUAAACAUGCACGUGGCGUCCAUCGGGAGUGGUCCGGCGAUCCUCUUCUUGCAUGGGUUUCCCGAGCUCUGGUACUCCUGGCGCCACCAGAUGCUCUCUUUAUCCUCUCUCGGAUUUCGUGCCAUCGCUCCGGACCUCCGAGGUUACGGUGACACUGACGCGCCACCGUCGCCAGAUUCGUACUCGGCGCUCCACAUCGUGGGUGAUUUAGUGGGCCUAUUGGACCAUAUGGGCCUGGACCAGGUGUUCUUAGUGGGCCAUGACUGGGGAGCGAUAAUCGCCUGGUACUUCUGCUUGUUUAGGCCCGAUAGGAUUAAAGCUUUGGUGAAUCUCAGUGUUCCCUUCUUUCGAAGAGACCCUACUAUUAACUUCGUCGAAAAAUUCAGGGCUGCACUUGGUGAUGAUUUCUACAUGUGCAGGUUUCAGAUAGCUGGAGAAGCAGAGGAAGAUUUUUCGUGGGAUACAGUGAAAGUAUUUACGAGAAUCCUUGCAAAUCGUGAUCCAAAACCUCCAUUGAUCCCUAAAGAAAUAGGUUUCAGAGGUAUAUACAAAGACCCACUCAGUUUGCCUUCUUGGUUAUCCCAACAAGACAUCAACCACUACGCCACUAAAUUCAACCAAACUGGAUUUACUGGUGGAUUGAACUACUACAGAGCUUUAAACUUAACGUGGAGUUUGACAGGAGCAUGGACAGAAGGAAGGGUGAAAGUGCCAACCAAGUUUAUAUUAGGAGAUCUUGACCUUACUUAUCAUUUUACUGGUAUGAAAGAGUACAUUCACAGUGAAGAGGGUCUCAAGAAAGAUGUGCCUGCAUUGGACCAAGUUGUUAUUGUUGAAGGAGCUGCUCACUUUAUCAAUCAAGAGAAACCACAUGAGAUCUCUAAACACAUUUACGAUUAUUUCAUUUCCAAAUUCUGAUACAUAACUCAUCACCCCUCCCCGAAUAAUGUGUCUCAACUCUCAAUAAUUAAUUAUUAUAGUAUUGAAUAAUAUAUAUAUUUAUAUUUAUAUAUAUAUAUGUAUGAUCGUAUAAUUAAUGAAGUAUCUGAGUGAUAUCAUGAA